GCUGAUUUGUAUUUUGUAUUAUAAAAUGUCAUAUUAAGGCUUUGAACGGAAAAGAUCGUUAAUGUACUUCCAAUAACAUGCUUCCAAAGUAAAGCAUUUUUAAAUAAGGAUUUAGCAGCUUCAGCACUUGACGCAAUUAUCUAGCUCUUUAUGCUAACUCACAAUCAUAAUUUUCAACGCCAUCUUUGAGUCCGAUCGAUCACUGAACUAAACCCUCUCGUACACUUUUCUAUUUCUCUGUCCCACUGUCUCUGGGUGUGUGUUUCGGCUGUUUAUGAUUCCUCCAUAUACAUAUACCAUGUAUCCCCUUCUUAUCGUUGCGCUACUUCUCAUCAUAGUCAUCAAAUUUGUAUACUCAAUCAUCUGGGUCCCACUGAAAAUCCAAAAGCAUUUUCGGAAACAAGGUAUACGAGGUCCUGAAUACCGUCCGAUCUUUGGAAACACGGCGGAGAUCCAGCGUAUGUAUGCAGAAGCUCAGUCAAAGCUAUAUCCGUUUCACAAUGAUACCCUCCGAUACGCGUGUCCAUUUUACUACAAUUGGUCCCGUAUGUACGGGAAGAAUUUCUUGUACUGGUUUGGAUCGAAACCCAGAUUAGCGAUCGCCGACCCGGAAUUGAUUAAAGAGGUCCUUGUGACUACGACUGGGUCGGUCCGAAAGAUCCCCUUCACCCCUUUAACGAAGCAACUCUUUGGACAGGGACUUCCUGGGUUGGAGGGCGACAAAUGGGCUUUACACAGGAGGAUCGCAAGCCAGGCCUUCAAUAUGGAGCGAGUCAAGGGUUGGGUGCCAGACAUAGUGGCAAGUAUUAUGAAGAUGGUAGAGAAGUGGGAGAAUAUAAGAGAAGGGAGGGAUGAAUUUGAGAUGGACAUGCACAAAGAACUUCAUGAAGUCUCAGCAGACAUUAUAUCCAGAACAGCCUUUGGAAGUAGUUUCGAGGAGGGGAAGCGUAUUUUCAAAUUACAAGAAGCUCAAAUGCGUUUUUUCACUCAAGGAACUAGAAGUGUCUACAUUCCUGGAUACAGGUUUUUGCCUACCAAAGACAACAGAGAGAGCUGGAGACUAGAGAAGGAAACUCGCGAAUCGGUGAGGAGGUUGAUCAUGACAAAUAACAAAGCAAGAGAAAAUUCAAGAAAUCUACUUACACUAUUGGUCUCCCCCGUUAAAACUCAAGAUGGAGUGGAAGAGAAACUAGAUGUGGAGGAAGUCAUAGAUGAAUGCAAGAGCUUCUACUUUGCAGGAAAGGAAACUACCGCUAAUGUUAUGACUUGGGCUCUUCUCCUUCUAGCACAUAAUCAGAAAUGGCAAAGCAAAGCUCGGGAUGAAGUUGUUCGCGUAUGUGGAAACAAAGGGAUUCCAUCUGCAGAUAAUUUGAGUGACCUCAAGAUUGUUACCCAAAUAAUCAAUGAAACACUUAGACUCUAUGCCCCUACUACAAUGCUGAUGAGAGAGACAUCUAAAAGGAUCAAGCUGAAGAACCUAGACAUUCCUGCCAACACACAGUUCUUUUUGGCUUUGACUGCUGUCCAGCAUGACACUGAGAAAUGGGGAGAAGAUGCUAAUGAGUUCAAUCCUUCGAGGUUCACCGAAGCUCGAAGGCAUCUAGCUUCAUUCUUUCCAUUUGGAUUGGGUGGUAGGGUCUGCCCGGGUCAAAAUCUAGCCAUGAUUGAGGGGAAAAUACUCUUAGCUAUGAUUAUCAGCCGCUAUUCUCUCGAAGUGUCGCCAACUUAUGUUCAUGCCCCAAUGUUGGUUGUAACUUUGCAGCCUCAAUAUGGUGCUCAAAUCAUCUUGAGGAGGAUCUUAUACUGAGGAUGUAGAGGUUCUGUUUGAUGCCUUUUAUUGUUCGGUUUAUCAAUGAGCUUAACUUGGCAGUUGGCAGAUUGAAGCUUUUUUUUUUUUUUUUUAACCUUCAAUGGUUUGUCAAUAAGUCUUUAAUUUUUCAAGAAUGUACAUGGAUUGCUUGUCUAGUUUAAAUCUUACCAUUACAGGGACUAAUUCUAGAAAACAGACAAUUUUUAAGGUCUAAAGGGUGAUCAUUUAUAAAUAUUUAGUGCCUGAAAGUGUUUUACUUCUUAAUGUGGAAU